AUGGCUAGUCGGGUGUUUACAGUUUUGUACACUCAUCAAAAGACAAAGAAGUCCAAAGUUUGGCAAGAUGGAAUUUUGAAGACUUCAUCCGAAGGGAGCAAUGCUACACUUUUCUCUGAUAAAGGACAGCGCUUGGAUAGCGUGUUUCUUAAAGUUGGAGCGAUAAAUCCUGGAGAUGAUUUGGAAAGUGAUCGUUACUUAAUCACAGUGGAAGCAGAAGAUAUUGGCUCUGAAGUGCCUCAGGGCUCACCUGAAGUCAGACUAGCUCCCCAGACAAACAGAAAUAUGCUAAAACCUGUUGGUCUGCGUCCACCUGUGGGCCUGAAACGGAAAUUUACUGGUUUCCAAGGGCCACGGGAAAUCCUGAAGAAACCUUCUCUUGAGUUGGAGGAUGUUUGCAAACCUUCCUCUCCAGUCCUGGGAAAAGAUUACCCUGCUUUGCCUUCACAACUGUAUGCUACAUCUCCCCUCUUUUCUGCUCCCUGCAAACAAUCUGAGGAAGGCAGUAUGACGGCACAUUAUAGUUCUCAUGGUUAUAAGACCAGUUCUGUGAAAUGUGAAAAACAAGAUGUGGCAGAGUCUCUUGCUUUGUCUAGUGACUUCUCAGCACUCCAAAAGACAGAACGAGAUAACAUCGCUGGCGCAAACAAAGGUGGGCUAAGCAUAACACAAAAUAUAAGAAGUACUGCACAAAUUUUGUCGUUAUUGAAGUCCCAUCCUUCUCAUAUUAAGAAUGCGGAGCCAUCUCGUAACCCUGAUCACCAGCAAUCUCCAAAGUCCAGUGCUAAGGUACUUAAUUCUAGUUAUAGCAGUAUACCUUGUGGGCUCGAUGGAGAGGGCCAUAAGCAACAGCAACAUACACCUGAACUGUCAACUAUAAAAAAUAUCCCAAUGAAGAGUCGCUGGGAUGUCUAUCUGGAAAAGCCACAAAAUUCUUGCGCUGAAAAAACGUUUUUAACAACUCUAUCGGAAGACAUUUGGGAUACAAAAUCUGCAUGUCCUUCAGUAAAAACUGAUUCUUCAUUUAGCGUGUUGAAAUCUGAUGGACAGGAGCAAGGAUUACAGAGUAACACUUCUCUACCUGCACCAGUGGAGUGCUUAAUGCAAAAUUUACCAAUAUCAAUAUCAAGUAAAUCUGAGAACGGAUCGGAAAACAUGAAACGCUCCAAUAAUUUUCAAGCUGUGAAGUUUUUGUCUUUUGAUGAUCCUUCUAACUCUAGUACCCAAAAAUGCUUUAGUGGAGAAAUAACCGGAAAAACAGAUGUUUCCGGCCUUCCAUCUCCAAGUGAUGGUCAACAGUUGGCUUUGCAAACUGAAAUAGAAGAUGAAACGCCCUCAGAGGUCACUUUUAACUUGGUGGAUAGUUUUGAUUUUGGAUAUUCAGAUGAAGAAAAUACUUCUCCAAAACUCUCACACUUGCCGGCAAGAUGUGUGGAUCGUGAUGAUGUUGAAACAGAAAGAGGCGUUCCUGGUAAAAUAUCAGCCCUGUCUGACAAUGAAAAUGUCAAGAUAAGUGGUUUUAAUUAUGAUAAUCCACCUUUAUAUAAGCUAGACCAUAAAAAACAAGAAAACAAAUUGGGAGAAGUUAAGGCUUCAGUUUCCGAUGAUGAUCUUGGUGACAGAAAUGUUAGGAAGAUUGAUUUUCAGCAAGAUGACUUAUCUUUUAGUUCUGCAGAUAUGAGCGUCUCACAGCUUUUUGAUGAAACACACAAACCAACUGCCUUUUCCAGGAACUCAAAUGUGAUAGAACUAAAUAAAAUAAUGAAGGAAUCUGAAGACAACAUCCAAGUGCUAGAGAACAGAACAGAGGUAGAAGGCCGUGCCAAAACAUAUCAGGGUGGCUUGAGUUCAGCUGCUGUUUUACAUCAGGAGUCGCUGAUAAAUAGCAAAGGGGAUCUAUUGGAGCACAUUACGGGAAGCCCUUCAAAUAAAGAAACAAAUUGGGAGAAUACAGACUUACCCGACCUACCUCACUCCAAAAAUGGCAUUUCUCUCCUAAAAACUCUAACAACGCCCAGCACUGCACUAGAGAGUCUGAGUCUUUUAAAAAGAAAAUUACCACCUGCGUUCCAAGAGAAAGAAUGUGCAAGACGGACAAGUCCACAGAAUACGCAAGGGGAAGUUCCUCACAGACCAAGCUCUGUGGAGCUUUCCUUGGGUUUCUCAGACAUGGGCCAAGAGGUAUCAUCCUUCAAUGAGGACGUCGGCUUCCCACAAACUCCAUCUUCACUCAGUACUCUGACAACCUCUCUACCGAUGCUGCCAUUAUCCUUUCAAGAACCGUCGUCUGAUUCAAAUAGACCGUCUAUGUCCUGCGAGAUCAUCCACCCAGUUGAGUUUCAAGGCCACAGAGUAAAAGGAUCAGCUUCUAGUGCAGCGAUAUUUAGGUCACCCAACUCUGUAGUACAAUGUUGCGAGUUUCAAGCCAGGAGCCCGUAUGGAAACCAUCUUUUUGAAUUGGCUAAAGGUUUUCGCUCACCAAUGCUGCCAACCGGUUUUACGAUCAAUGACUUAACACAGCAGUCUUCUGUUUCUACAAAAGAUGGAGAUAUUCAAACAGAAUUAAACCUGACUGUAUCACCUCAAGAUGAGGAUAAGCAAUAUUGUGUUCCUCGGUGGAUUGUGGGCAGUCAGGAUUUGGACUGUGACUGGACUCUUUCUCAAUGGCCUUCCAGAGAACUGAACAAGGUGUUUUCACCAGUACAGAGGGAGUCUCCAGGACAAGUCUUCUUGAGGCCAAGACAAGAAAACCAUGUGGAAAAAGGUGAACAUGAAUUGGCUGACGUCAGGAAAACCUUUAAGCUUGAAGCCGGGAUUCAAAGCGGAGAGCCUGUCGUGGCUGGGUUGGAUAUGCCUCAAAGUUUAAAUCGAUUAGACCAUGUGCACGCUUUUUUAGGAAAUCACACUAGUUUUUCCUCUGCAUGUCCAUUGGUGACAGGUGACAAAAACAAUGACAUUAAGGUAGCACGCUCUGUAAAAGACAACAACUCCCUCACACAACCAGAAAACUGCUGCAUGCCUUCAAACGCCAGACCAAGCAAGUGGGCAAAGUAUCAAAGUUUAUCUCGCAAUACCUCAGAGAGUAACACCAUGGAUUGGAAAGAAGAUGACUUCUGUGCACAAAGUGUAUUUGAAAAGUCGCCACAGACAUUGCAGGGCAGGCAGAUAAAUAAUGUGGAAAAUGAACAUUCUGCUCACUUAAAUUUAAGUAACACGCUUGGCUUUCCCAGCAGUGAUGGUACUGGAGCAAGGCGGGAAAUAUUGACCAAAAACUUAACUAAAGCUAACUGUAUCGCACCUCAUUUGGGGAAAAAGAGUUUGUGCUUUAGUCAAGCAGAAGAUGGCCAGAUUGUAUUGUCCAGCGAUCUAUGUUUUCCCAGCAAGGAAUCUGUGCUCUCUGUAAGCCUUCCUAAAAGAAAAAUAAGAAUACCAGCUGCUUUUCAAUCCACAGUCCACUAUAAGCAAGUCUUCACCGCGUCCCUUACAGAACAUUUAAAUAUCGUGAUGUUUGAGCUGUCACAGCGACUGCACUGGGCUCUCUCCAAAGUUGACAUAUCUUUCUACACUUCCCAGAGAGGAGAGGACACACAGAAGAAAGACGGUAAUGCCCCUCUUUGUCUACACCACCAACCAGCUAAGCUUGUGAUGGUGAAGAAAGAGGGUCCUAAUAAGGGUCGUUUCUUUUAUGCUUGUGAAGCUCCCAAAGCUGACCAGUGUAAGUUCUUCAAAUGGAUGGAUGAAGUAAAAUGUAAUACUCCAGUGCAGGGGAAGCCUGAUCAGAAGGCUGUCAUGGGAGAUAUGAAGAGUUUGUCUGCGUAUAUAAGAUGCCAGAACAUAGCUCUUUAUGAGGAAAGUCAGCUGAUGAUUAGGAAAGUGUCUGGGUUCCAUCAAAGACAUUUUAGCAAGUUUAAAAAAAUUGCUAAUGCUGGUUCAAGAUUUGGUGAUGAGUCAAAAACCAAACUUUACCUUAAACUGAACAGGAAAGAUAGUUCUUCAGCAUACAGUAAAGAUGACCUCUGGAUUAUUUCCAAAACCCUUUUUUUUGAACCACUCGACACUUUUAUUGCUUGCAGUGCCUUUUUCGGCCCCUCAGCUAACAAUGACAUAGAGAUUGUUCCUCUUAAAGGGUAUCACCCUUCAAACUGGCCAACGAAUAUGGUUGUCCAUGCGUUGUUGGCGUGUAAUGCAAGCACUGAGUUGACAUCUUUGAGAAACCUACAGGAGCAUGUUAACCCCACCACGCUACCACUGAUGCCGCAUCUUCUGACAAUGAACUCUAAGCUGGAAAUAACAGCAAAUGUUGGCAAGGGGAGGUUCAAUCCUCCAACUCUUAUUGGAAAGGCUACUCACAACAACAGUCUGCCAAAUUAUGACUUUGUAAUUAAUUCAGCAACAAGUACGAUUAAGCAGUUUGGACUCAACAAAGACCAAGCCGCUGCCUUGAUGCAAAUUGCAAAGAUGAUCGCUGGAGCUGAUGGACCCCAAAACGAAUCACCAAUCACAAUUAUACAUGGAGUUUUUGGCGCUGGGAAGAGUUACUUGCUGGCAGUAGUGGUACUGUUCUUAGCUCAGAUGUUUGAAAACUGUGAUCUUGAAGAAGGCUCAGGCUCAUCUCCUUGGAAAAUUCUCAUAUCUUCGUCAACCAAUAUCGCUGUUGAUAGAGUCCUUCUGGGGUUACUUGACUUGAAAUUUGACCGGUUCAUUAGAGUUGGGAGUAUUCGAAAAAUUGCAAAGCCAGUUCUGCCUCAUAGUUUACAUUCUGGGUCUGAAAAUGAAAGUGAGCAACUCAAAGAGCUUCUGGGACUUCUUAAAGAGGACUUAACUCCAGCAGAGAGGAUGUAUGUGAAGAAAAGCAUUGAGCAGCACAAGCUAGGCACCAACAAAACAUUGCUUGGACAGGUGCGUGUAGUUGGUGCUACUUGUGCCUCUUGCCCUUUCACAUGUUUGAGCCAUCUUAAGUUUCCAAUUGUCAUCCUUGAUGAAUGUAGCCAGAUGACAGAGCCAGCCUCAAUGCUCCCUGUGGCCAGAUUUCAAUGUGAAAAACUGAUUCUAGUAGGCGAUCCAAAGCAGCUGUCACCCACCGUCCAGGGCUCUGAGGCCACACAUGAGCAUGGGCUGGAACAAACACUCUUUGAUCGACUGUGCUUGAUGGGCCACAAGGCUGUUCUGUUAAGGACACAAUAUCGCUGCCAUCCUGCUAUAAGCGCUAUAGCCGAUGAAAUGUUUUAUGGAGGUCUGCUACUUAAUGGCGUGUCAGAAGAACACAGGGCACCCCUUUUGGACUGGUUACCCACAUUGUGCUUUUUCAAUGCCAAUGGCACUGAGCAGGUGGAAGGCAGCAAUAGUUUUCACAAUGUGGAAGAAGCCAACUUUACAGUGAAGCUUAUCCAGUGUCUGAUUGCUAGUGGAAUCAAUGGCUGCAUGAUUGGCGUCAUAACUCUGUACAAAGCACAGAUGUACAAGAUAUGUACUUUGCUCGGUAGUGCUACGCUCUGCGACCCUAUGGAGACUAAAGCUGUCCAAGUGUCAACGGUGGAUGCCUUCCAAGGAGCUGAGAAGGAAAUCAUCAUCUUGUCAUGCGUUCGGACAAAACAGGUCGGAUUCAUAGAUUCGGAAAAGAGAAUGAAUGUGGCGAUAACAAGGGGCAAAAGGCAUCUGCUGAUCAUCGGCAGUCUAGCGUGCCUGAGGCGGAAUAAGUUGUGGGAGCAUGUGAUCCAUCACUGUGGAAGGCAAACAAAUGGUUUAAAACAUGUUAGUCAGUGGGAAGAAAAGUUAAAUGCUAUCCUUAACUGUUACCAAGAGAAGAAAUUAGAGGUAGAUUCCAAUGUACAAAAGAAAGAGAAGAAGAAAUCCAAAACAAAGGAGGGGAAGGUAAAUCAGAGACUCGAUCCUGCUUAAUUGCGCAAUAUAGGUGUGACUUUGAUGCAUUGGAAAAAGUUUACUUCUAAAAGUAGUUUCAAA